ACUGAUAAAGAAAUGUUUUGGUUUUUAUUUUUUAUCAGCGAUUGUCUUCUUCAUGUAAAAUAUUCCUUGGAACGAAAACGAUUCUAAAAAUUGUUCGAUGAGUGCUUCAUUUAUGAUUUAUUAAGUAUAGAAAAUAAAAUACCUUCUAUAUUUACCAAUAACUCUAGUGUUCGUUGGUGACUACUUUCCCCCUGAUAUUGGAACUUUUCAACACCCAGUGACAAGAACCACUGAAGCAAUGGUCCGAAGUCUUGAGUGUCGAAAGUUUGACUUAUUUCAUCGUAACAUUUUAUCAACGACUGGCUUUCCAGCAUAAUUUUGAAUGAAAUCCACUCUCUAUGAAUCAUUUUGAUGAUUUUCCAAUCAAAAUCUUUGCUUUAUACCGACAACAGUCAAGAAUAGAAUAUGACCGAAACCACCUCUCGAGUUUACGAUCUGAUUUAUCCGAGUCCGGUGACACUGAAAGAAAUCUCUGCUAUCUCACUCGUUGCUGAAUUAUGGCGUGAAGAAAUCGCACGUAACGGAAUUGAAACUUCGACUGAAUUAGAUUCAGCAAAGGAGGAUGUUCUGCUGAAAAAGAUAAUCCCUUAUGUUCCAUCGGCGAUUUACGAUUUACUAGUCGAAUACAUCGCCAAGUCUAGAUCAUCAAUUACUCCUUGGUUACCGUAUGCGAGAUGUUUCCAUGAUUUUGUAUGGGACUGGGAUGGUUUUAUUCAUAAUGAUCGAACAGCUAAACGAAUGAUGCUGUGUGAUCAGCUCACCGCUGAUGAGAAGUUUAGAAUCGCUUGCAAAUACUGUUUGGAAGAUGAUAUUAGACGACUUUGGCCAUUUGUCAGCUCGGACAUCCAUUCGAUUGAAAUUCAUUACGAUGAUAAUUCUUUACUGUACUACUGGAUUUGCUGUCUUAGAAACGAACUACAUAAUCUACCGAAUUCUUAUGAUCUAUCAAUCGAUGAGAUGAUGCUUUAUGAAUGCGAACGCGAGAGCUUUUCUUCUAUUGCGUACUUCUGGAAUCGUAUACCCUACGAAAGCCGAUUGCAAGCCACCAUCUUUGUGUCUGAGUCUGAUUACCAUUGUGGUUUAUUCGCUAGGUUCAUUUUACCAAAAUUGGAUGAUGUCCAACUGGAAACGUUCCUCGAUGAACAAGGUGUUGAUUUCAUGUGUUCUUUGCUGAUCGAUAACAUACACGUGGACAAAAUCACCGUUCUUCCUGCUUGGAUGUACAUUAGAAACAAAAUGAGCAGAAGUCAGUUCAUCCAAUUAAUCGAGAGAUUGCUAGUUGAAGAGACAAACGUAUUCACUGAGGAUUCCAAAGAUGAAGUUUAUGCAUGCUGCGAAGUAUGGGAAAAUUCUCCAGACAAUUUCAAGCAAUGGGCAUUAAAUGCUGUAUUAUCGAAUGAAGAAUUGUUCAUAAGAAUGAGUAUAGGACCAAAUGACCCUAGACAAAUGAGAUUCCUAAUCACAGUUCUGUUGGAUGCCAGUUUCGAACAAAGGCACAAAUUUUGGUGCGAAAAUUGGCGUAAUUUGAUCUUUGGUGCUCCUGUGGAAGAUCUACUGGAAGUAAUGAAGUUAUGUUUCCGGUACGAAAACGAUAUAAGCUCAUUUAAAGAGCAAUAUAUGUCUAAAUACGAAAAUAUCGGCCCAUAUUGCGUCAAAGCGCUAAAAGACGGAUGUUUCGAAGAAUUGAGCAAGUUUUUGUAUUUUUGUUAUUCUGACAAGCAAAACGUAAAACAGUUGAAACAGCAACUGUUGAGGUCUAAUUUUCUCGGUGGAGAUUCUAUUCUAAGUUUCGAUGUUUUCUGUUCGUAUCAUGAAGAGUUGAAUUCGUUCGUCGAAGAUGCUUUUGAUGACGUCGAUCUUCGUGCUGAAUUCAGAAAUCAAUUCGUUUCAUCGACUGUAACUGAGGAGCACUUAUCCAAAUGUAUUCUAGUCGGCGACUUCCAUUAUCUGACACAAUUCGUUGAAACAUUUGUACCGGAAGAACCAGCUGUUCGUGUUUUAAAGCAACGUUUUUUUGAUGAUUUCAACGAGCGUCUGGUCUCUGGUGUUAUUUGGAUGAUGGAGGGUGAUAAUUUACAAAAAUUUCUCGCCUGGUUGUUCGAUAGUGAAGAUGAGAUUGACGAAUUCAAACAGUCGUUAGCAGUGGGUGAUAUUUUUUGUAAAAUGGUACAGAUUGAGAUAGAGCGUGCGGAUCUAGAGUGGGGUGAUUCUUUGGAAUACCCUGAUAGACUGGAUUAUUUUUUGAACUGGUAUUUUAAUAAUAAUGCUGAAAAGAUUCGAAAAUUUAAGGAACGGUACUCUGAUGAGUUACAGGUGUUUGUCCAUUGAAAUUGAUAAUAUUGUUUUUUGGAACUUUUUCGUUUUCAAAUUUCAAAAUUCAAAUCACCAAGUUGGAAAUUUUAUCACUGUGAUUGUGAUCUUUCGUGAACGACUGCUUUUUUUAAAAAUAUGUUUUUAAUUGAUAUUGAUAUUCAGUAGUGUUAUUCAUUUUGUUUUUACUUUUUAUAAAGUUGUAAAUGAUUUUAUUAACUUGUUUUAUUUCAUCAUUCGUAAGGUAUUAAACCUGUUGAGUUAUUGAAUUGACCGUUCUAAUCGGACGUUCUUUCAUCACAAUUAAUUCUUGUGUUUGUGCAGUGGAGUUAUUGCUAGUCAACUCGACUGACUUUCCAAUAAAUUGCUAAUAAAAUUUUUAUUUUUAAAAUAUCAAUUUUCCAUCAUUUCAAUUUUUUAAAACAAUUUUAUAAAUUUUUUCUGUAAAAGUUAAAAAAAUAAAAACUUAAAAAAUUUA